GGGAGCGCGGAGCGGGCGGAGCGGGGUCGCGCCUGAGCCCGGGACAGUGAGGGGAGCCCCUUCGGGCACGGGCACCGCCGGCAUGAGGCUAGUGAGGAAGGACCUGGAGAAGGACAAUGCGGGGCAGGUGACGCUGAUCCCCGAGGAGCCUGAGGACAUGUGGCACACGUACAACUUGCUGCAGGUCGGGGACAGCCUGCGCGCCUCUACCAUCCGCAAGGUGCAGACCGAGUCGGCCACGGGCAGCGUGGGCAGCAACCGCGUCCGCACCACGCUCACCCUCUGCGUGGAGGCCAUUGAUUUCGACUCGCAGGCUUGCCAGCUGCGCGUCAAGGGUACCAACAUCCAGGAGAACGAGUACGUCAAGAUGGGCGCCUACCACACCAUCGAACUGGAGCCCAACCGGCAGUUCACGCUGGCCAAGAAGCAGUGGGACAGCGUGGUGCUGGAGCGCAUCGAGCAGGCCUGCGACCCGGCCUGGAGCGCCGACGUGGCCGCCGUGGUCAUGCAGGAGGGGCUGGCCCACGUCUGCCUGGUCACCCCCAGCAUGACACUCACCCGCGCCAAGGUGGAGGUGAACAUCCCCCGCAAGAGGAAAGGGAACUGCAGCCAGCACGACCGCGCCCUGGAGAGAUUCUACGAGCAGGUGGUGCAGGCCAUCCAGCGGCACAUCAACUUCGAGGUGGUGAAGUGCGUGCUGGUGGCAAGCCCGGGCUUCGUGCGGGAGCAGUUCUGUGACUACAUGUUCCAGCAGGCAGUCAAGACUGACAAUAAACUUCUGCUGGAGAACAGGUCCAAGUUCCUACAGGUCCACUCUUCCUCAGGACAUAAAUACGCUUUGAAGGAAGCACUCUGUGACCCAACCGUAACCAGCCGCCUUUCCGACACUAAGGCAGCUGGUGAGGUCAGAGCCUUAGAUGACUUCUAUAAAAUGCUGCAGCACGAGCCUGACCGGGCUUUUUAUGGCCUGAAACAUGUGGAAAAGGCCAAUGAAGCCAUGGCCAUUGAUACCCUGCUGAUCAGUGAUGAGCUUUUCCGGCACCAGGAUGUGGCUACCCGUGCCCGAUACGUUAAGUUGGUAGACAGCGUGCGGGAGAACAUGGGCACAGUGCGCAUUUUCUCCAGCCUUCACGUGUCUGGAGAGCAGCUUGGCCAGCUGACAGGGGUGGCAGCCAUCCUGCGCUUUCCUGUGGCUGAGCUCUCUGACCAGGAAGAUUUGUCUAGCUCUGAAGAGGAUUGAUGACACUGACUUCAUUCCACAGUUUCUUUUCCGUGUCAUGCUGAAAUGACAUUGAAGGCACUUCCUUCCUAAAUACUGUGUGCAGAUGUUCCAUGGCAUGUAAUUAUAAGUUAGUAUACACAAAAAGUAUGUAGCUCUGCUGAGCACACUUCUUGAUACUGUUCUGUAAUAAGUUUUGGUAUGUGUUGAAGCUGACUGGUUUUUGCAAGUUACAUCACAAACCUCCAGCAGUAUAAGAAACUAAUUUGGCUCCCCAAAGCUGCUUAGUCUGUAUAUAAAGGCAGACUGGUAGCCUGGUGAAAUAUGUAUGAAAAAAUAAUAAACUAAGAGGGAGAAA